CGACAGGUCCACGCACCAGCAGCAGCAGCAGCAUCAGCACGACAUCGUGUCAGACGAUCAGAUUCCGAUCACAAGUCGUCGACGACACUGCACACUGCACACUACCUCAUACCCCCACCACCACCACCACCCCAACCCCACAAUGGAGGGCAACACGAAUAUCAUCCAUAAAGGCGCCGUGGCAGUCAUCACGGGCGGCGCCUCGGGCAUAGGCCUCGCGGCAGCCAAGUUCCUCUCACCCGCCGGCGUCAACAUUGUGCUCGUCGACAUCAGCAGCGACCUCGACGCGGCGGUCAAGGAGGUCAAGAGCAUCGAGGGCGCGGGCGACGUUGUCGGCUCCCAGACGGACGUGGCGCAGGUGUCGCAGGUGAUUGCGCUGCGCGACAAGGUGCUCGACCUGUAUGGCGAGGUGCAGAUCCUGCUCAACAAUGCCGGCGUCGGCCGCGCGACGCCUGCGUUUUCGCUCACGCGCGACCUCGCCGACCUGCAGGCCGACUGGGCGACCGUGCUCGGCGUCAACAUGGCCGGCGUGAUCAACGUCGCGCAGGUGUUCGCGCCGCUCAUGGCCCGCCAGGAGAACGCCAGCGUCAUCAUCAACACGGGCUCAAAGCAGGGCAUCACCACCCCGCCGGGUAACGCGGGGUAUAAUGUGUCCAAGGCGGCCGUCAAGGUGUUCACCGAGCAGCUCGCCCACGAGCUCCGCAAUGCGCCCGACUCGAACUGCACCGCCCAUCUCUUUGUCCCCGGCUGGGUGUGGACCAACAUGACGGCGCGCGGCGACCUCUCGCAGCCCAAGCCGUCCGGCGCGUGGACGGCCGAACAAACCGUCGAGUACAUGUUCGAGCACGUGCUCGAGCACGGCGACUUCUACGUCAUCUGUCCCGACAACGAGACCAACACCAAGCUCGACAAGGCGCGCAUCCAGUGGGCGCUCGGCGACAUUAUCGAGAACCGCCCGGCCCUGUCGCGCUGGCACCCAGAAUACGCCGCCAGAUACGAAGAGUUCGUCUCUGGCCGCCAGGGCCUCGCGGCGCGCAGUCGCUCGCGCGGCCGCCCGCUUGACCGCAUCCCCGACGCUCCCCCGUCCGCCCCCGAGGGCCCUGCAUGAUAGGUUGCAUGGACGCCAUGUCCGAUUAUUGAAUAAGUGAUGAAUGCUGCUACUCGAUG